UCUUCCGCCGAGCAAAUCGCUCUCUCCCUCUCUCUCUCCUCUUAGGGUUUCCUUUCUCUCUCUCUCUCUCCAUCGCAUGGCCGGCGCCGGAAUCCACCCUUACCACCAGCAGUGGCCGCCUACAGGAGCUCCGCCUCCUCCGUCCGCAGUAUCAUCAGCUCCUCCACCACAUCCCCCGCCUGUACAUCAUCAUCACCCUCCUCCCCCUGGUUUAGCUGAUCGUCCUCCUUAUGACGAGCUCCGGACAAUCUUCAUCGCGGGUCUUCCCGAUGAUGUGAAAGAGAGAGAGCUUCUGAACCUCUUAAGAUGGUUGCCAGGUUACGAGGCUUCUCAGGUGAACUUCAAGGGAGAGAAGCCCAUGGGUUUUGCUCUCUUCUCCACUGCACAGUUUGCAUUGGCUGCCAGAGAUGCCCUUCAGCAUCUGGUAUUUGAUGCGGAGUCCAAGUCUGUGUUACAUGCAGAGAUGGCCAAGAAGAAUCUCUUUGUUAAAAGAGGAAUCGUUGGGGAUUCAAAUGCUUAUGAUCAAAGUAAGCGCCUAAGAACUGGUGGUGACUGCACACACUCUGUUUAUAGUCCGUCUCCCUUCCACCCUCCACCACCUCAAGUUUGGGGUCCACCUCAUGGGUAUUUGUCACCCGCAGCUCCACCAUAUGAUCCCUAUGGAGGGUACCAUGCUCCCCCUGUACCAAUGCCUCCGUCUGCACCUAUAGCAGCUCCUAGUUCUUAUGUGCCUGUCCAGAAUGUUAAGGAUAACCCUCCUUGCAAUACCCUUUUUAUUGGGAAUCUCGGAGAGAAUAUAAACGAAGAAGAGUUGAGGAGCCUGUUGAGCGCGCAGCCUGGUUUCAAGCAAAUGAAAAUUCUGAGACAAGAAAGGCAUACUGUUUGCUUUAUUGAAUUCGAGGAUGUGAAUAGUGCCACAAACGUUCACCAUAAUUUGCAAGGUGCUGUCAUUCCAAGCUCUGGUUCAGUUGGCAUGAGGAUCCAGUUUUCCAAGAAUCCAUAUGGGAAAAGGAAGGAAGGUGGCGGCCAUUCUUUCUUUCCUUCUCCGAGCGCAAAUGGAGCUCAAGGAGCCUUGACGUAUCACUAGGCCUUGAAGGGGGAUGUACUCUCUUCUCUAUCUCCCAACAACUGCACGAAUAGGAUGCAUCUUGCAGGCAGUCUGCAUUUGCAUCCAUUUCAUUAUCGACAUUUAUAAGCAUCAGCAUAUGAUGGAUGCAUAUAGUGUUGACCUCAUCAACAUAUAACAUAUUAGCUUUGCUACAUGCAUUUUCAAGUGUGGUUUUUAAAUCUCUAGGAGUUGGGUUUACCUUUGUUUGUCUUCUUGAUGCUUUAACGCAUUUACGUUGUGGGAUCCAUUUUCAUUAUGUUUACGCAUUUACUUUGUGAAACUCCAUUGCUACGUCACUACAUUAGAUCGUAGCAUGUUGACAUUCAUCAAACAUUGUUUCACUGCAUGGCUAAAACAUUGCUUCUUGCCAUGUGAUGGAUGAAUAUAAUGUGUUAUCAUCAACAUAUAACAUGUGUCAGCUCGUAUUAGCUUUGCUACAUGCAUUCUCAUGUGUGGUUUUAAAAGUCUGUAGGAGUUUGGGUUUGCCAUUUGGUUGUCUUGUUGCUGCUUUGUGGGGGGAUUCAUUUUCAUCAUUUUGACCAAUCCAUCCCAAUGAAACUCUCAUUUGAUAUGUUAGCUAGGCAUUAACAUAACAUGAAGACAUUCAGAUACUUCGUUUUACGCAUGGCCUAUCACAUCAAUGACAUAACGUUACAUUUUGUUGAAUGUGGCUCUAAUGAUCUUCUCUCACGUCGGUGUCAUUCUUCGUCUUUUCCCAUCUUGAUCAUUCUCUCUUCUUAGGCUGAUGAACACGCACAUCCAUUAGUUAUUGAAACCGACAGAUAAAAUUUAGUUGAGAUAGGCACUCCAUUACAUUGUAGAUUUAUAGUUGAGCAAAUAUAUAUAAUAUCCACCCCCCGGUCUGGCUUGGCCUUACGCAGGGGCAGUCAGGUUGGAAUAGUAUUUCAGGUGAGGUAUUACUUAUCUUGUGGCAUCCAGGAACAGAGCUUGACACAAGACUUCCUAAGAACCAGCGUGGAGUCUUAUUUAUCAUAUUUGUUCAAAGAACCCAUCUCUUCUCUUACUGAUGUCAGUGCCUUGUUGCUUUUGGGCUAGUUUUUUUUUCCAUUGUGUUCUUCUUUCAGAACUCAAAAUGGCCUUUGUUUUCUUAUCAGAUUUUAGGAAACUCGCAACUUAAUCAAAGUCUUUGAUUUUGAACCAA